CGAGACUGACAGAAGCGAAACGUAUAAAUUGUUUCUACACGGAUGUAUUUAACUUAAGUACAGUCCAUCUUCGCCGCCCAUUAACGCUCACAUCUUUUUCCUCAAGCAGAACUUGACACAACACCGCUCUACAUGUUUGUCUCUCUGAGUUUGCAGGUUUUAUCGGUUUGUACAGGACUGUUCAUUGCAAAGAAACACUGCAGCUGACUGUACUACAUGUAGUAUUUCAUUCGGUAUUGUUUUUCAUUGCCGAUUGAAGUUUUGAAAAGAGGUUUUAUGUGACACUGAAAGGAAGCAGAGUCUAUGACGAAGUUUCUCUGUUAUUUUUUUUUUUUUUGAAGUAGUUAAUUUUUUUUUUUCUUUAAACCAUGGCAUGUGAAGGAAACAGCAUGUCCGAUGAGCGGAUAGGGACAGCCCUGAUCAAAGAAGUCAUAGAGGAGGAGCUGAAGGACGUAACCUCAGAGGAUGUGCCGCCCCUCACUCGACUGGCUGUGGAAGUAAAGACUGAGCAGGAGCAGAAGAUGGUGACACAGCUGGGCAAAAUGAUCCGCAUCAUUGGCGACAGGGUGCGGGACGACAAGGAGUUCCAAGAUGCAAUAGAUGGGGUGGCACAAGGCUCUUCUGGCUCAAAGUGGGACAGAUUUAAGGAUGUGGCAGACAAAGUGUUUGAACAUGGGAUCACCUGGGAGAGGAUCGCUGUGCUCUUCUAUGUUGCUGGCAAGCUGGCUGUCAAGAUGGUGGAGGCUCAUCUCCCUCAGUCAGUGAGGGAGAUCCUGAUAUGGACUGUGGAUUUUUUCAAAAAUAAUCUCCUGGGCUGGAUUCGGGAGCAUGGAGGAUGGAUCAACAGUUUCUCAGAGCUGGCAGUGGCUUCCAUGGAGAGCAUGUCAUCUAUGAGCUCUCACAGAUGUGGCCUUGUCAUCAUCUUUGUCGCUGGCCUUGCUCUUGGAAGUUUCAUCACCUGGAGACUGACCAGAUGACUCUGAGGCGUGUGCACACACACACACACACCAUAAUGUUUGGGUAUUAUUUGAAAUGAAUAUAAAAUGUUAACCAGAGGGUUUAUUAUUCUGUGCCCAGAUGCUAUCAAGUCCUGAUCACCCGUUGCCAUAAGAUGGUUUAAACAUAUGUUAAGAAUCGUUUGUGAAUUUCUACUUUUCCAUUGUUAUCUAUGCAAAACUUGAAAACUUGAAAGAGACAACACUGUGUCAAAGAUAGUCACAUAUUUUUACUGAAGGCAUAUUGUAUCAUGUUAAAAAGAAAUUCUGCCCUUAGUGUAAUAAUGAAACAGAAAAUCCCAAAAUGAAAAAAUAAAACAAUAACAGGUGCCCAUCUGAACAUGGAAACAGGUGUUAGGAAGUAAUUCCUCCUGUUCAAACUGGCCAUUAAGAAAUCCCUUGCUAAUGUGCUUUGAAUGGAAGUGAUGAGGGGACAAAUAGAUUUUAUUUAAAAUCCCAUUACUUUUGUUCCUUGGAAAAAUGGUGUUGUUAAAAUCGAAGAUUAGUGGUGUAAAUGUGAGUUCCUACUUAGAAUCCCUUUAUUCUGCUGGUUUAGUGUCAGAGAUUUUACAGUUUAUUUAUACAAAUUAGAAUUUUGUUUAUUCAUGACCACUGCCUAAAUUCUGUUUAAACAUAAUGAAAUGAAAUGACAUUGAAGGGUUCCCCCCUCUGAAUUAAGAGUCUCUGCCUUGUUAAUGCCACAUACUUAUGCAUAAAGGGCAUACUAUAUAUCAAGCGAAGGGAUAUUAAAGCUGUGACUCUUAAAUGUGACUUUGAGCAAUUGUUGCCUUUUGCCUCAGUGAGGGAGAAAGGUAACUUUUCACCAAAGAGGGAGACAAAAACUAAAAAAAGCAAGGUACUCCAGGACUGCCAUUUUAAAGUCUUAAUCUUUCAGAUUUGUAUUUUAAAUUAACAAAGAUUGGUAUUUUUCUUUCUGGCAGUUCUUUCAUUGUGCACUGUAGCCUCUCAUAUACAUGGGCUUGAUUCACAUCAUCAGCUAGCUUAAACUGUUUUUACAGACGCAGUACAUCCACAUUGGUAUAUAUGUUACUAAUAAGUAACAGUGAAUGUCUUCUCUACUUUGAGGUGAUUUAGGAACAGCGUCACCAUUACAUACAGUGGCAGGAAAAAGUAAGUAAACCCUUCCGGAAUUUUCUUCCUUAAUGUAUAAAUUUGUCUUGAAAUAUUGUCAGAUCUUCAUCUGAGUUACAAUUAUGACCAAUCACAAUAUAUUUUAACUAAAAACACAAAUCAUUGUAUUUUUCUUGUUCUGGAGUUCGCAAACUUGAAUUCCAAGCAGUGAAAUCAGAUUGGAGAUGUGUUUUACAGCUACUAUGAUUUUUAAAAAACACUCAGAAGCAUCUGCUGCUGUGAACCUUGCCUUUCAAGAAAAAAAUCUCAGAAGAUUUAAGAAUUGUUAAUUUGUAUAAAGCUGGAAAGGAUUACAAAGUAAUCUCAGAGAGUUUAGAUACUCAUCAGUCCACAGUUAGACAUAAAUUGAGAUGAUUCAGUUCUGUAGCUAUUCUCCCUAGAAGAUAGCACCCAGCUAAGAUGACUCCAAAGGCACGAUGCAGAAUGAUCACUAAAGGAAGAAAGAAGCCCAGAGUAACAGCCAAAGGUUUAAAGGAAUUUUUGGACUUGGUUAACAUCUCUGUUCAUGAGUGUACUAUACACAAAUCAUGGUGCGUGGUUGCAUGGAGCAUGGUGUCCAUUGCAGGACACCAUGGAAGAAGCUGCAGCCCUCCAAAAACAUCACUGCGCAUCUGAAGUUUGCCAAAGAGCAGCUUGAGUUGUUUGGAAAGUACAUGUAGCAUUACGUAUGGCUUAAAAAGGGCACUGCAUACCAACAUGAAAACAUCAGCUAUCUGCCAGCUGAAGCUCAGUAGAAGACUGGUGAUACAGCAGGACAACGACCCUAAACAUCAAAUAAAUCUACUACAGAAUGACUUCAAACAAAGAAAAUCUGCCCACACCUUAACCCAAUUGAGAUGCUGUGGAAUGAUCCCAACAGAGCCAUUCACACCAGACAUCCUAAGAAUAUGCCUGAGCUGAAGCAAUUCUGUAGGAAGAAUGGUCCAGAAUUCUUCCUGAGUGUUGAGCAGGUCUGAUCUCCAGCUACCGUUUGAGGUUCGACCACUUAUUAGAUUAAAGGGUUCACUUACUUUUUCCACCAACACUGUAAAUGCUUAAUAGGUGUGUUCAUUAAUGUGUGUUAUGAACUUACAGUAACCACAUUGGGUUUGUCUAUACCUCAGAUCACCUUUUAUGACCAAUUAAUUCAGAAAACCAAGUCAUUCCAAAGGUCUCACAAGCAUUAUUUUGCCACUGUGGUUUAUCCACCAGAAAGCAAUAACAAGUUUAUUUUUGCACAUUUUGCAAAAUAAUUUUGUUAGCCACAUUUAGAGUUACGCUGAAUACAGAAGAAAUAUUAGGAUUUUUUUCUUUUGUUUAGUUUAUUGUUAAUCUGUCACCUAUUAGGUCUCUAUAUCCCAUUACCUCAGUCGUCACAAUUUUUUCCAUGGGAGUCACACUUGCAAUACAAAGUCAAUAGGAAUUUUGAUUUCAAUUAUUUGAAAAUGGCACUCCAAGUUACCUGCAAUUGAAAAUCAAACUGGAAACAGUUGCAUAAUAAACACAACGGGUUGGAUUUGUUGAGGACAAAUAAAAAAAUUAUUCUUAAAAUUUCCUAAAUUUCCUGUGCUCAUCUUUUAUGACUGCUACCUUCCAUUUAUUUAUUUUAUAUUUUAUUUUACCCAUUGCCAAGUCAUCGUUUUAAUGUUUGGCUUUUGCAUGCUGUGACUCUUCUUUUUUCUCACUUGCCAACACUGCCUCGUUUCUCUCCAUCUGGUUUGACACUUUGUUUGGUUACAAAUCGAUCAAUUUUUUUGUUUUUUUUUGUUGAUGCACUACAUGUUUAGCGUAAUUAUUUGUAUUUGUACUUGCUGCCAUGUGAGCUGCUGAUUAAAGCUUGGUGAACCCCAUGAGGCUCACAAGACAUGCAGUGGCUAUCACUGCUUUCGACACUUUGCCAUCGGUUGAUAUUGACAAGAUACAAAAAAUGUAACUUAUACUUUUAGAUAAAAUUUUUAAAAAAAAGAAAAAUUCCUCAUGUUCCAGUUUCCAGUUUUCAACUUCAAUUUGAUAAUAUUCUUAUAGAGAAAAUUAUCAACUAAAUACUAUAAUAUCCUGUGGAACCCCAAGGAUAGUCAUUAAGCUUGUGCCCACAGCUAGAGAUUCAAAGAUGCUUGCAUAGUAAGUAAAUAGGUCUGGGCAGUCUGCUUGGAAGACCAUGACAUUGAUCACGUUUCGUCUAAAUUAGGGUAUAUUUUUGAAAGCUUGGCUUUUGAAUAUUGGAUAAUGGGGAAAGGAGAUUAAGCUGAGUCUACCAAAGGAGGUACCUCUAUUGACUGUCUCCAAAGCUGAAUGAAUAGGUUUCAACUUAGAAAUGUUAUCCUUUUUAAUUAUCACAAUCUGCUUGUAUUCAAGGGAGAGUCCUUAAAGCACACUCUAAUGUCAGAAAUGUGACUUAUAAGAACUUUAAGUGAGGUCUGUGCUCAUGUAAAAAAAAAAAAAGAAUAUCAAUCAGUCCAUCAUUAUGUGAUUUAAAAAAAUAAAUAAAUUAAAAUCUCUCUCAAAAAUGCCUCCAUGUCCACCUCAAUAAAUAGACAUUUGCACAGCACUAAUUCCGUCAGUACAACAACAGUCAAUUCAUACUCAUUACUCUGGUGCUCUCACUCCCUUUUUUAACACAGAUACUCUUUUUCUGCUUUUUGAUUUUCCAAGUUACUAUCAGUGAAACGCAACAGUUACUGCAGAAAUGUUUCAUAUUACAAGCCUUCCAGUGGCUGAAAGGGCACAGGCCUGGUCCUUCUUUGCUUUUAAUUUUAAAGGGGCAAUGUGUAAGAAUUGGCCAACUAUUGAAUUCAUACUCCAAACAAACAGGGGGCAGAAUAUUACGAGAAAUAUGGGAUGUCCACCCCUAUUGUAAGAAACAAGGAAAUGCGCUGUUUGGUUCCUCCUCCCCCCUCCCUUUCUCCUGUGCCAUAGUCAGAAUGGCCAUCGGCCAUACCGGAACAAAUUUUGGUGGGCCGCUGCAUUGGUGUGCCAGUUGAACGUCACAAAAUCCAUAAAGUUUUUACCGGCCUUCUCUAUAUGUCUGUCAUCUGUAUGCGAAUGAGAGAGUGCUGCGUGCGUGUUCAGGGACUUGGCUCACUGGCCAAUCACAACACAGUUUCAACCCUCACCCUCCCGUUAGCUUGAAUAAAUCUAACCUCAGCAUAGGGCAGUUGUUUACAUGUUGCCAAACCUGCAUGGAUUAUGUAACUAUUUUCUUUGGGUACUGUUAGGCUGACAAUGACAAUUUUACACCCAGUCUGCCUGGUCAGAGAAACAGGGAAGAUGUAGUGUUUGCAGGAGUAGAGGAUGAGCCACGAGAGGUCGAGGAACGCAAGGGAGAAAAACAGCAGCUAGAACUGCAGCAUCCAUAGCUGAGCUCGUGGCAAGAGUGGAGGAAUGUUGCAGAGGGAGGAUGGCUACAACACUGGUUUUUUAAUUACUACUUCUUCAUCUUCUCAUGUUGGACUGAGGGUAGAGUGGACGCUACAGUGACUCACUGUCGCCUCUUUAGGUACAAAGGGGUAUUACAAGACAGGGCGGCGCCAGGGCUAGCUGGUUAGUACGGUAUCUUCAGCAGAUAUCUCUGCAACACAAUACAUACACAUCUUUGACAUAACGUCAAAACUGUUAUUUCUUCACAUUCUGUUAAUAAUAAUAAUAAUAAUCAUAGUUAACCUUUACAUUUUUUAAACUGAAAUACUUGCAUAUUGCCCCUGUAAAUAUCUGCAGUAAGUGUUCACUUUUAUUGAUAAUAACUUAAAACCGCUAGAAAAUCAAUGAAAUAAUCAGUUAGUGAAUGAAAACAGUAUUUGCAUCACGGUACUGAGUGAAGCCAUAAUGAAUAUUUUGAAAGGAGACGUGUCUGUUGUGUGUGUCUAUCAAUGUCUGAAGAAGGCUUUUCUGUGUCAGGCUUGUCCAGCAGGAGUCAAGUUGUUUUCCUCAACAUCUCAACGUGACUUAAGAAAUCAAAUCUUGUUUACAUGAUGUUUAAGAAAUGAGAUUACUGCAGUGCAUGUGACUGAACCUGUGACCCUCCUGUGUGAGGGCAGUUUGUCUGUGCACCCUGCUGUCCAAUCUGGGUUUUGUUUCUUCUGUAGCCUAUGUAAUGUGAUGUCAUUGCCAGUUGUAAGCACGUUCGUUACCCAUGUGCCUGUGUAUGAAUUAUGUGAUGUUGCUAAGGUUUAUUGAAGGUGUGUCUUUUGCUGCAAUAUACCUUCAGUGCCCUGGCUUAAUAGCAGAUAGUAAAAGUGUAUUUGAGUUUCAUAAACAACCAGUUUGUUAAAAAAGUAAAAAUAUUAUAAUCACAA